GCCAUUGGGCGAGCGCCGAGCAAACUGAAUUAGGCUGAAAAAAAGACUCUUUCACAACAACAACAACAAGGACGGCUGCUCUUGCGUCUCCCAGUAAGACACGCUUGCACUUUUUAACGAGCUGUUUUCAUUCCAAAGAAGACAUCGGAUGUCACAAUGGCUGCAAACUUCAGUAUAUCAGACAGCGAGUCAGAGCCCUCCGAGGAGGUAGAGGAAGGCGACAGCACCCAAUCCCCCUCUGGACAAGACAAGAAAGUCCCCCAAGGCCUUACACUUGCCUUACCUGAGCUUAGACUGGCAGCAAUGGGUCGCAUCAGGCUCAACUCGGAGUCCCACGCUUCCACAGUGUCCAGAGACGAGGAGCUCCAGACUAGGGGGGAAGAGGAGGCUGGUACGCCCACUGACGGAGCUCCGUUUCGAGGCCGCUCCAAGUCGGCUCCUCCUGCGCUCUGGGCCGCCAAGAAGUACGGGCAGCAGCUGCGGCGAAUGAGCGAUGAGUUCGACAGCCUCUUUGACAAAGGGGAAAUCAAAAAGUUGAAGAACGCCGGGACUUCCAGGCCGAUGCAUCACUCCAGAACCUGGUGGAGCGCCCUGUUCAGCCACCAGGAGACGGAGGGCGAGAACAAUCACCACGAGAACCACAGUCAUCGCACAGAGUAGGAACGCCGACUGCGGACAACAAAGCUGUGACUGGACAGAGGACGAGAAGGGAAGGAAUGAGGGACGUCCUCCCCCAUGAGGACUUUUUGGCCUGCACUGAGCAGAGUGAAGAGAGACAGUGACACUGAGGUGCGAGCUCAGGUCUCUUUUCUUCAAACUACAUGUAAUGGGACAUAUUUUGUAUUUGUUAUGGUUGUGACGUCAUUGUUGGGAAGCUGACAAGCAGGAGGAGUAUUUCAAAAUGGUCUUACGACGUCGGUCGUCUCACAACACCACUAUGCAACAGACUGCAGACAGACAGACAGAGGAUGGAGGGAGGGGGGCUCACGUUAUGCGCUGUUUCAGGUCUUCUGGGGGCCGAACACCAAGUGUUCUAAUAGACCCCCUGUAACAUUUGGACCAACUUGACUCAAUCAUGAACAUGUUUUAAUGUAGCCAUCCAGUGCUGUGCAAAAGUCUUAGGUCACCUCUGGUUUGGUUAUUUUGAUAAGCAGCCUUUUUGAGUCAUUAGCAGGACUAAUGCUCUUUUUUUUUUUGCAAGAACAUCCAUUCAGGUUCGCUUUAAGAGUGGCAGCUCCGGGUGUCACACUCAACAUUUACUACAGUUUCAAAUUAUUUUUGUAUUUGGGCCAGACUGAAAAUAAAAUUUAAAAAAACAUCGAAGUUGCAUGAAAAAAUCCACCAUAUUAUGAAAAUUCAUAUUUUUUUUAGAUUUCCACAUUUUUCUUCAAACAUUGUUAUUAUUAUUACAAGAAGUCAAAUAUUAGAAAGGCAAAAGGAAGAAAAAUGCGAGAAACUGUACCACUAAAUAUUACAUCGUUAUCAAUUACUUUUUAAUACAACAUUACAUCUUUUUUUCCCUCAUAAAGUAAUGGCUUUCAUCUGGUUAAAUGACCAUUUUUCUAAUAAUGCAGGUUUUUUUUUUUUCCUCAGAUACUAUACUUCAUUGUCAUCAAAUAUUGUUCAUCAUAAUACAACAGACAUUUUGGUCUAUUCUAUUGUCAUAGUCCAUUAUUUUCUUUGUUAUUUUCUGUGUGGCCCUAAACUACCUAAGCUGCUAGAAAAAGGAAAAGUCAAUACAGCAGACAAGUUUAAUGGUGACCAAGUACUUUUGCAAAGUGCCGUAUGUCAAAGAGAAGAACAAUCUUAUACACUGACAAUCUCAAUAUCUUUUUGUAAAAGUUCAGGUUUAGUCUACUAUAUCAAGAAGGAAAAAAAAAAGACAUUUUAAGACAAAAAAAUAAGCACAAAUCAAGAUAUGUUUUUAAAAUCCUCGUGACGAGCAAAGAAUUAUAACAGACUUUUAAGUUUAAAAGUGUAAAUAUUUUGCUAUUAUUCUAUUAUCAAGGCGAUGAACAAUGUGACGGUGGCAUUGUAAUGGUUGCAGUGACGUUAGUGUAAUAUAUGUUGACAAUAUGGCUGCCGGGUGAGGCGCAAAAAGAACGCUUGAUGAUGUCACGUUUUGUCCCAACAGAGAUUUUUACCUUAACAAGUCAUUUUUAGUGUGCACUCUUCACGACUUUACACUGGAGGAAUAGAUGUUUUUUAAAUAAACCAGCUAAUAUCAUAAUGUGAUUUAUAUGGGGUGAGUACAAAAUGGUCAAUGUUGCAUUUGUUCUGUCUUUGAAUGGUUUUAUUGUAGCGUCUCCAAAUGGAAUCAAAGGAGGGCGGGUUGAGACAAUCUAAUUGGCUUAUUUCAAAAUUUGAACAUUCAACCAUGUGUAUUUAAUUCAAUAUAUAUCUUCCUGAUUGUGUGUUUAUGAACAGACUAAAAUUGAUAUACUGUAUAACCCCGAAGACAUUUAAAAAAUGUAACAGUUUUGGUUUUAAAUUACACUUGUUUGACACAAAAUAGUUGCAUCCCUUUUUUUAGCUUUUAAAAAAAGGGAUGCAACUAUUUUGGAUCAAACAUUUAAUAAGAGAGUUGACGUAACAAUGUUGUUGACCUGCAUCCAUCAAGUACACGGUGCUGACGCCUCGGAAGAGAGCAGAACGAGAAGCUAGAAUCCAAUCAACUGCCUUGAACUUGUUCUGAAUGCGACGCCGGCCGUGCAGUACCGCCUUAAACUGCACUCGCCGUUACACAUGAUGCUUGUGCCCAAUUCAAAAUAAAAUAAAAAAUAGUCGGGCCUGUAUAGUUUUGCAACUUGGUAUUACUUGAACUGGUGUGGAAAAACAAAGAAAAGUUGCAUUUUGUACAUUUUCUCUACAGCUGUGAAUCUUCUAAAUGCGGUCUUGAAUAAAUCAUGUUAU